GGGCAAAUGGGCAAAAGCUCUUGCCAAAAAAAAAAUUAUUGCAAAGGUUGAUUGCCCCAGCUCGAGGGGAUUCGGUAACCGUCCGCCUACAUACAUAAUACAUACAUAUAUACAUACAUACCUACCUAUACAUACCUGCGCACGCGACCUUUCAGACCUUGCCUUCCUACAUCCCUACCUACCUAACCUAGGUUUCUACCCUUCUGCCCUCGAGCGGCAUAUACUCAUCCCCCCCCUCAUACACGUCAUCAUGUUAAAACAAGUAAUUUCUAAGUCGGCGAGAGCUGUUUGCUCCAACUCGAGAACAAUUGCCCAACGGCCUUUACUACGGAUACAAUUCUCACCGGCACCUUUAAGUCCUCUACGAAGCAUAAGAUAUUAUAGCGACCAACCGGAAUCGGCUGCAAAAAAGGAGGACGAAGGACCAACUGCGCAGGUGGAAGCACAGGAUGGCGAGGCAGCCAAACCAUCAGAUGCUGAAGCCGAGCUUAAGAAGAAGUUAGAAGCCAAAGAAAAAGAAGCCAUUGACUGGAAGGACAAAUAUCUACGGUCGGUAGCCGACUUCAGAAAUCUUCAGGAGCGAACACAGAGAGAGAUGAAGGCAGCACGCGACUUUGCAAUCCAAAAAUUCGCCAAAGAUUUAGUCGAUAGCGUCGACAAUUUGGACAGGGCUCUAACAAUGGGUCAAGAGAAGAUCAAGUCCAUGGAAGAGGAGCAGAAGAACGAGGAUCUGAUCAAUUUUUACGAAGGCGUCAAGAUGACCGAGACCAACAUGCUCCAGACCCUCUCUAAGCACGGCCUGGAACGAUUCGAUCCCGAGGGAGAAAAGUUCAACCCUAACGAGCACGAAGCAACGUUCAUGACCCCAAUGCCCGGCAAGGAGGAUAACACGGUCUUCCACGUUCAGCAAAAGGGAUUCAAACUAAACGGAAGAGUGCUCCGAGCCGCCAAGGUCGGCGUAGUCAAGAGCCAAUAAACGAUAUGAACGAAGCCAAUUUUUCACUGUAUAAUAUGAAAGACCUUGUAUACCAGCACGACGGGGUUGGCGUUGGGUAAUGUAUAUAAAAAUGCUCCUCUCACGAAAAAAGGCGGUUGGCGGAGAUUCCCUGCUUACAAGGUAUACAUGCAUGGCAUGGCAUAGCAUGAUAUGGCUUUGGCUUGACUUAGCUGUUAAUAUCACAGCUUCUCGAUCUAACUAGUGUAUAUGGAUCCUGGGGUUUUACGUUGUGUAGAGCGGUUAUGAAAUCAUUGGGUCGAGACGAUUACCAUCUAAUGAAUAUAUCCUCUUCGUAUCCAGUAUUGAAGGUGCGCAAGCAAUGGAAUUAUAUUAUUGUGCCGAAGCCAUAGGUACCUCAUUUACUUUUACCAUAUGUGCCCAAUUACUACUUAUUAGCUAACAAUUAGCUAACGCAACACAACUCGAAGUAGUUUGAGUGUCUGGAUAGCAUUAAAAGAUAGGUAGAUAUCAAAUCUCUGCAGUAAUGCCGGUACUACUAUAUGUAUGUACAUAAUGUACAUAUCCAAUAAACUUCGGCGUUCACAUGGAAAUACACAGUACAUGUACCUACGCCAGAUAAAAAUGAGCACAGACCGACACAGUACCAAAACCAAUUACCUACCUAGCCUCCCCUCAAAGUUUUAUCCGUGG